GUCUGCGCCCAUGACCGAAAACAAUUUUGUUAGAAAGAAGACUAUUUUUAUAUACACUGUGUAGUCUUUAAAUCUUUGAUAAUCAAAGUCCAAAUGAUGUCUUGCAGAAAUUUGCAACACAUUUGCAAAAAUAUUUUAAACAUUCAUAUAACUUCAUUGAACAGGAAUAUUUGUAAAAGAAGCAAAUGUGUAAACUUUGUUCGUAUGGGAUCGACCUUCUCUGAAAGCUUCAAAAAAUUGUUUAGAAAAUCAAAAGAAAAGGAUUCGAUUUCGACUAGAAUUGGUGAACUAAAUCUAAGAUAUGUAUUUGUACGUACUUGUGUAGAUUUCUGGAUGGAUAUUCCUGUUGGUGUGAUGUUUGACACUGCAUAUUUAGAUACACAUCCUGGGAUCAGCAUCAAUCCUGAUACACCAGUGAUAGUAGCGCUUCAUGACACUCCUGGUUCACUACAUGAUAUGAUUCCUAUACUUCAACCAUUUUGUAAUCUUGGCUAUAGAGUUGUUGCACCUAAUUUCCCAGAUAAAAUCCAUACAAGAGGAAUGAAUAGAUAUGAUGAUACGACGUUUUCUGGUAAAACAGAUGAAAGAGUUACAUUUAUUCAUGAUUUCCUCCAAACUAUUGGUAUAGAAAGAAUUGAUAUGCUUAUUGGUCAAGGGAGUGGAUGUAAUACAGUCAUUAGUUAUACAGCUAAUUUAUUAAAUAAACAUAAAGUCAGAUCUAUUGCCCUGAUCAGUCCUAUAGGUCACAAGCCUGGCAAGGCAUUAAAAGAGUAUCCAGCUGUAUUGGAGUUUGAAAUGUUAUGGAAUAAGAGUACUUUAUUUAAAUAUCCACUCAGAGUAUCACUAGAGAUUUCUGCAUUUCAUAAAUUUCCAGUUCUUAGAAAAUAUCGUCAAUCAGACAGAUUAAAAGUUAUGCUUCAUUUUGCUGGAUUUCAGUAUGAAUGGCUAAACAGUGAUUCCUUUGGUAUAGGGAGUUCUAGUAUACCAAGAUUGAUGACAUAUAAUUUUAAUAAUAAACUGGUAGAUAAAGAUCUAAUGGAAGAAUAUACUGACCUCCUGGGUAUACCAGAGACAAACGUCUGUCAUAUUGGGACAGGGGAACAAAUUAAAUCUCCAGAAAAAAACAUUACAGCAUUAAAGUGUGUUGCCUUUGAAGACAAAGAUUAUACAUUGAACAAAUAUUCAGGACAAUUAACUUUACUGUUGCAAGAUUUAUUGAAAAAUGUUAUUAAAAAAAAAUGGUGAUUCUGUU